CUGAGUUUAUAAUAUCUGGUAAAAUUUUGUUUUUCAGUGUUGUGUGUUGCUGGUUUUCCUGAAGUGUUUUGCUCUGCUUUGACAUGUGUCAGUAUUUGAUAUUUUUUCUGAAAUCAGAGUUCAGUUUUUUUUUCAAAAGUUAAUGAAGGAAGUUUUAACAAAUUGUUAUCUCGACCGUAUGAGUUUUGAUUACUUUUGAAGUUCAAAAUCAAAUUCAUCUAGAAAAUUGAAGUGAAAUUACGCUCUUUUAUAACCUAAGUGCAGAGCAGUGCUGAAACAAGCGAAAUACUUUGUUUUAAAAAAGGAUCUUAUUUUGAAUACGUACAGGCUUACUGGAUUACAUUCAGGCUGCUUUUUCUAUAUGAUAACUACUUUUCAGUCGUGAAUCGAUCGAUAAAAAAAUUCCGAAAUUGUUUCUCAGCGUCGAAAAUUUUGAUUUUUAAGAGUAAAGAAAGUAGUCUUGGUGAUUCUUUUUUCAGGAAAAAGUCUUAAAAAUGCUCUUAUAACUCUAGAUGUGCAUUCAUACAUAUUAAUGAAUUUUAUGAAAGCUCUUAGGUAUAUAUGCACUUUUUGAGUUCAAUUGAAAUUGAUGUGCUUAUAAUUACUUGAAUAGCACUGUUAAAAUAAGAACGUGGAAAUGCCGCGAAAAAACGUGAACGAUUUUGUUUUGAAAGUGGAAUUUAAUUUUUAGUUUUCCAGCGGAAUAAAAACUUCACCUAAUGAUCCAGUUUUCUCAAGUUGGAUAAAUGAUAUCAAAAAAGCGCCAAUCAUAAUUUUUUGAGCAAAGUCAGUUUUUUUUCUGUUUACUUGCGUUCAUUACUCGUUUUCAAUUGCUAGUUGGCUAUGUUUAGUCAAAUUUGGAACGAAUAACAGGAGCGAAUAACUCCACAUCUAUUUUUUUUGAAAUUUUUUCGGCAAAGUCAGUUUUUUUUCUGUUUGCUUGCGUUCAUUACUCGUUUUAAACUGUUAGUUGGCUAUGUUUAGUCAAAUUUGGAACGAAUAACAGGAGCGAAUAACGCUAAAAGCUCCUAAUAAACAUACGUCAUUUUUUGUCAAAACUUAAAGAAAUAAACAUUUGAGCUGCUGAAAACUAGGGCCUAUUUACUAAGCUCCCCGCAAAAUUGAUAUAUUGAUGAGGUUGCUCACUUGGUCCAAAACUGUUUGUGGGAGCGUAGUAUAACGCUUCCAAAUAGAAAAAAAAACGAUACAAAUUCUAGGUUUUUGCUUCAAAAACAUGUAUAGUCGGAACCGGGUAUUCUAAACACGAAGUCAGUUUUAAUUUUUUUUAUCGGUUGGCAUUGUUAUCAAUUACACCCAAUUAAAGUUUGAAGGCCUAAUUUGGAUACUAUUUCCAGAAGGGGGGAGUUUGGUUACCACGUAUAAAAUUCUCAUAUCCUUAACCGUUGAAUUUCGUUAAUAGGGAUAUUCGUUAAUAAGUACCUGAGGGGGAUACAGUUCGCAUAACUUCUAUGUUGCAGCCUACUCUCUAAAAUCAGUUGGUUUAGCAGAUUGACACCAGGUUACCCCAUAAUGGUUGUUUGAUACUAAGGUAAAACAAUACUUUCUAAUGUUUGGCUGGACUAGUUUCUCAUCGCAUGUAAAUUUCAAGGACAAUGUGGUCAUUCUUCAUUGCACCAAGGAGACGUUUAACGUAAGAGGCUUUGCUUUGUUGAAAAUCAAUCGGCGUGUGCUUUGUUUUAAUCGUAGCACAGUCUACAGAACAUUCUAGAGAGUUCGAUAGUGCAAAGACAAGAACUCAAGCUACCUUGAUUGGCUAUCAAAACAGCAAUAUGCUGUAAUUUAUUUUUAGAAUAAUCUAGAACAUUCAAAAGAAAAGCGAGCGCGGUUGAUGGUAUUAUUUUACACCAUUUUAAUUUUAAUUUUACUUCAACUAGACGUCACUUCAGAUAUCGUUUCUCUCUCUUACUGCAAUUAUUCCAAACACAAGCAGACAACAAAUGGACGACCAUUUCCCAAAUUUCAACGAGGAUCCUUUCUUCCAACCAUUUGGCAAUCAUUUUGGCAGCUUUUUUGGCGCUUUGGAAGGACCUUCCAAUAGGAGACACAGCGAACAGAGUCAUAGGGGAGACAGUUCGGUGGCCAGGCAAAGAGAUAUGUUCAGGGACCCUUUUGCUAAUAUGAACCGGAUGAUGCAGGAAAUGUCUAGAGGGUUCACAGCUGGACCAAUUAUGCCGGAUUGGAACCAAUUGCAACAGUCGGUCGGGCAGGAUAAGCAGUCCUACUCUUAUUCUAGCGUCAUGAGUUUCAGCAACGCGGGCGGACAAGGAGAGCCGAAGUAUUUCGAGGCCACAUCUUCAACUAGGCAAGGACCGGGAGGAGUGAAGGAAACGAGGAAGACGGUGCGAGACUCGGAGUCGGGCUUGAACAAAAUGGCAAUUGGGCAUCACCUUAACGACCGCGGGCAUAUUGUCGAAAGAUCGUUGAACCGACGCACCAAUGAAAGGGAUGAGCGUCAGAAUUUUAUCAACAUGGAUGAAUCGGAAGCAGGGCGCUUCAACGAAGAGUGGGCGAAAGCCACUGCUCAUUUGCGACAGCCCCCAGUGCGAGGUAUUGAAAAUGGAAAUCGCGGUCGACGAAGAAUCGGCCACAGAAACGAGCGCCCUGAUGACGAGCGAGCUAUCGAUUACUAACCAAUGCAAUAAAAGAAUUAUUAGACAUUAAAACUUAUCAGUUGAAUGGCCGACAAAACAUUUUUUUUACAUAGAUGAUUUCUAUUUUUGUAUUGUUAUCUUUAGUUGACCUAACAGUUUUGUUUGUUGAAUCGCUGUGUAUCGUCGUUCUAGUGCAUUCAAUUAUUUAAGGAAAGCAAUAAAUUUGAU